CUGGGAGUUAGUGGGAGGGGGCAUGUUCUGAAAGUCCGGGCGAGUUGUGGUGGAAAUCCUCCCAAUUACGUUACAAAUUGAGGGCACUUGGCUGGCUUUCUUCGCACGGUGAGCUUCUUCCGGCCUGCGGCGAGGCCCUGCAUUGCGUGGUGGGUAAUUGAGUGGGGCCGAGCCACUUUAACAUGCUGUUAAAACGUUUAAAAACGCCAACAAUUCGGUGUAAUAGCGAGGCCCACCAAUCGCGAGGCUCGCUGGAGCAGGGAUGUUUUUAUCUCCACCCAGCAUCGAUCGAGUGCCCUUAUGGUGCUGUCAAUCUUCUAUCAAACGUCAUUUGUACUUCAUUAUUACAGAUGAAUAAUACAUAUUGUUGAAUCUCGGCCGUCCUACGGAGGCCCUCUGAGAUCCAAACAGGCCAACGUGGUAUAUACAACAAUUGUGCAUGUUGCUGGUACUCUGUUUGUGUGACGGCCUGAGGAUACUACAGACUUAAGGAGGCUUGUGUGUGCCCUCACAAACAGCGCUAGACUAGAGGAUGGAAGCCCAGACUAGCUCCUUAACUCCGUUUUCUAUCAAUGACAUCCUGACUCGGCGUGCUCCCGGCCGAGACGAGAAGCUUCCCGGCACCGUGGGGGAACAACUGAACAUCGGGGUUAGCCCGGCUCUGUCGCCGAGAACGGCGAGCCAGGCUAUCGCUGCUUCUCACGAACCCGUCACGAAAACUACUACAGCCGAGGUCGAGCUGGUUAACGUGCAGCGACUGUCACCGAUACAGGAGAAGGCAAGGGUCGGCCUGAACAUGCAACCCUCCCCGCCGGGACGAGCGACUAGUACGGAAACAGUACCGACUGACCCCGAGCCAGAAAAGGACAGUGGGGCCGAGGACUCUCACGAGGACGUUAAAACUGACGAGUCUGACAAGUCACAGCAACAGAAUAAACCCAGGAAGAAGCGCUCUCGUGCCGCCUUCUCUCACGCUCAAGUGUUCGAGUUGGAGCGCCGGUUCAGCCACCAACGUUACCUCUCGGGCCCGGAGCGGGCGGACCUUGCCGCGGCGCUCAAGCUCACGGAGACCCAGGUAAAAAUCUGGUUUCAGAACAGAAGGUACAAAACCAAACGUCGUCAGAUGGCUCAGGAACUGCUAACGCCACCGACUGCUAAGAAAGUUGCCGUGAAAGUACUUGUCAAGGAUAACCAAAGACAAUAUAGUCCCGAGGACCUGGUUAGACCGUCUAUGCUACCCACUAUGACCAGUCCCGUGUACUACUACCACCCGUACUAUGCCCUCCCCCACACAUGUACACAACCGUUCAACGUUUUCGCCCAUGGAAUGACGUGAUGGACAAAAAACAAACCAUACAGGACUGGUAAAUUUGUCGUAUUUAUAUGAUGUGCAUUUUUGAAGAAUGAUUUGUGGAGGUGGAGUUGUCGGACAUCGCCGAGGUCGUGCGGACCGAUGCACUAGGGGCUGGGCCAGCGUAAGUGUGCAUCCUCGGUCUCAAUAUUGUUCUGACCCGGUGAGAAAGUAGACAUGUGCCUUUAUUAGGUCUACCUAAGUGCAGGCAAAUAAAAGCAGGACUUGUUGACACGGUAAGGUUUCUAUGAUGGCCCUUAAUUUGCUUGCUUUAACACCAGAAAUUGCUCUUAUGCCACGUUACUGCCAAUAUUGUUUCGGACAACAUUUCUGUCGGUUCUGACACAAAAGAUAGAUGUGUAAGCGAUUGGGACUGUGGGGACACUGCUCUUAGAUGUCCAGCUAUUUCCUCUAGACUUAGUCGAUACUGUAGAUCAGUAUCGAAUGGCUUACCGAGACAUAUACAGUGUUUAUAGUGUGAUUUGUAGGAGAUUUGGACUCCUAAUUCCACGCCUGUCAUAGCAGGGCGAACGAGAUAGUGAUGUGCGGAAGCUGUUAGGAGAGCGGUCGCCACGGGACUCAUUACAUGCAUUAACAGAUCGGCUUAUCUCUCCUCAAACAUAAUCUCGCAUGUCCACCCCUUGUAUCAGAAUACUAGAGAUGGAAACAGGGAUUAAAGACAUCUUGACUUUCUAGUAAA